AUGAAGGUCGAAACGUGCUGCUAUUCAGGCUACAAGAUCUACCCCGGACAUGGUAAACGGGCGGUCAAAGUGGACGGAAAGGUCCAAAUCUUCCUCAAUGCCAAAUCGGCGAAAGGAACAGCGUUGAAGCGAAACCCACGUGAAAUCACCUGGACGGUCCUCUACAGGCGAAAGAACAGAAAGGGAGUUCACGGUGAGGAGAGCCAUUUGAAGAAGAAGACCAGAAAAGUGGCCCAAACAUUGACGCGUGGUAUCGGAAAUCUCACACUUGACGCCCUUCUUGCUAAGCGCAACCAGAAGCCCGAAUUCCGUAAAGCUCAACGCGAACAAGCCAUCAAGGAAGCUAAGGAAGCCGCUGCUAAGAAGAAGACCGCUAACAAGGAAAAGAAAGCCGCUCAACCAAAAGUUGUUCAACAGAAGGCCGCCAAGAGUGUUAAGACUGCAGCACCCCGUGUCGGAGGAAAACGU